AUAAAAGCCUCAAUACAAAAAUGUAAUGUUUCAUUAGUUCAAGAAAGGCAUCUUUGAGCAAAAAUCACAGCUUUCUUUCCUUGAAAGAACUGGUUUGUUUUCGCAUCAGACUCAAGAGAAGCUUCAACAAAAAUCUAAUUUCUAUGGCAGGAAAGUCACAGCAUCAGAAGAAACAUGUUGGAGAGGAUGAUAAUAUGGAUCCUAUUCAAUACUUGCAGAACAGGCUAGCAAGCCUGGCAUCAGACAAGGCAGCUGGGAUCAAUCCUUACCCUCACAAGUUCACGGUGUCAAUAUCGGUUCCCGAAUUCACUGCAGCGUAUGGGAGCUUGGACUCUGGAGAACAUGCUGAAACAAUUGAAGUCUCUUUAGCUGGGAGAAUCAUGAGCAAAAGAGCAUCAUCUUCGAAACUUUUCUUCUAUGAUCUUUAUGAUGACAGUGCUAAAGUUCAAGUAAUAAGUGAUGCAAGGCAUUCCAAUAUGGAUGAAGAUGAAUUCUCUAGGUUCCACUCCCAAAUUAAGCGAGGCGACAUUGUUGGUAUCUGUGGUUUUCCUGGAAAGAGCAAAAGAGGAGAGCUAAGUGUUUUUGGGAAGUCUCUCAUGGUUCUGGCUCCAUGCCUUCACAUGCUACCAAGGCAUGCUUCAGCUUAUAGCAGUAAUGAAGCAGAAUCCAAGAAGAAUGAAAGACAAACAACUCAGGCAUGGCAACCUGGAUUGGCCCGAAAUCCAGAUACUUAUGCCUUGAAAGACCAGGAAACUCGAUAUCGGCAGCGUUACUUAGACCUCAUGUUGAAUCCAGAGAUCCAACAAGUAUUCAGAACCCGGGCCAGAAUUUUAUCUUACUACAGGAGCUUUCUUGACAGCCGUGGAUUUGUAGAGGUAGAAACUCCUGUCUUGAGCAUGGUACCUGGGGGAGCUUCAGCCAAGCCAUUUAUUACAUACCACAAUGAACUGGAGACAGAGCUCUACAUGCGCGUUUCGCCAGAGCUUAAUCUAAAAAAGCUGGUUGUUGGUGGAUUAAACCGUGUUUACGAGAUUGGUAAACAGUUUAGGAAUGAAGGAGUGGAUCUAACUCACCUUCCUGAAUUCACCAUGUGUGAAUUUUACAUGGCCUAUAGUGACUACAAUGACUUGAUGAACAUCACUGAGGAAUUACUAUCAGGAAUGGUGAAAGAGCUUACUGGAAGCUAUAAAAUGAAGUACCAUGGUGAUGGUUUGAGCAAUGAGCCUAUAGAGAUCGACUUUACUCCUCCCUUUAGAAGGAUUGAGUUGAUAGAAGAACUAGAGAGAAGGUCAAACCUCAAGAUACCCGAAGAUCUUUAUAGUGAAGAAGCCAACAACUACUUAGUGGAAGCAUGUCAAAGGUUCAAUGUCAACUGCUCUCUUCCUCGUACCACAGCUCGCUUGCUAGACAAGCUAGUGGGGCACUUUCUUGAAGAAAGUUGUGUAAAUCCAACAUUCAUAAUAAACCACCCUGAAGUAAUGAGUCCAUUGGCCAAAGGGCACAGAUCAAGACCAGGCUGCACUGAGCGUUUUGAGUUAUUUGUCAACAAGAGAGAGCUAUGUAAUGCUUAUACAGAAUUGAAUGACCCUGAAGUGCAGCGCAUGCGAUUUGCUAAGCAGCUGAAGGAGAGGGAAUCAGGAGAUGAGGAAGCAAUGGUAUUGGAUGAAACAUUUUGUAGUGCUUUGGAGUAUGGGUUGCCACCCACUGGAGGAAUGGGAAUGGGGAUUGACCGUCUUACCAUGCUUCUUACUGAUUCCAUAAAUGUCAAGGAAGUUAUCUUGUACCCGCCAAUGAGAUCUCAGGAAGAUAACUCCACUAAAGGUAAAGGAAAAGAAAAGCUCACCCAGCCUUGAGUGGAGAGCUUAGGUGGUGAUGUGUACAUAUGUGGCCGCUUGACCACCACGGCCAAGGAGUUCUCAGAGGAACUAAGGGGUUUACCCUAUUUUGCCGCUUAGGUCGGCGGGUUUGUAAUUUUGAAACAGUAAUGAUCAUUUUGAGUUGUAAAUAACUUGUAAAUGUUCUUGUGGGCCCAUGAACAAUUUUAUGUAUUUAAUAAAAUAUAUCAUUUCCUUUUUAUUGAUUU